GAGCUCGACAGGUAAAUACAAUAUGACGUUUACAAGGCAAAGAUGUAGUUGAGCAGGUAUCGGCAUGUUUAUAAGCCAAUUUCCAUCCGUCCAUGUUUUCGCCUGUGAAGAUUGGAUCAGAUGCGCGUAAAGUGUUGGAAUGAGAGAGAAUGGGGGUGAUUCUCGACAGGUGCAAGAUCCACGCACGAACACUAUGAAUAGGUGCUUGUGCUGGAUUAUCGAUGUGAUUAGCGACAAAAUGGUGUCCCGGCUAAAUCUCAACCUGUUUUUAUUAGCUCGUAGUUUCUCAACAAAUCCAAGAACAACCACCGAUGAUGACUUGAAUCAAACUUGAAUGGAAAGUGUUCAUUAACCAAGAUUGGUCUUUGACAUGGAAUAUUUCACAAUACUAAAAGUGCUUUGGUCAUGUCAACAAGAGGGCGUUGUGAAAUCGUAUUCUGGUUCCUCUAAUUCGGAUCACGGGCAAUAAUGGAACAAGUGGAUUCAGUGAACAUGUCAAGGAAUUCAUCACUGGUUGAAAAUCUCAACUUGAGUAUUAUGGCUAAAAUUGACGACAACAGUCGCACACCAAGGAUUGUGUUUUUGGCAUUUUUCAUAUUAGUCACUCUCAUGGGAAAUAUAUGUCUGAUUAUUGUAAUUGUUCAGAACAAGAAAUACAGAGGAACUAUUUCGAAUCUCAUCAUCCUAAAUCUAACAGUUGUGAACAUAGUGGAUUCUGUGUUAAAUAUGCCGCUUGUAUUUGGCUCCUUGAUAGCCACCGAUUGGGUGUAUGGAGACCUCAUGUGUCGCUUUAAUACUUUCUUCAUGAAUAUUGUUAUAGUGGAAACAGUAUUAACUUUAACAGCAUUGACAAUUGACCGAUUUAUUGCUGUCAAAAUAGUACCGUCCAGACACGGAAAUAUACUCAGUCCCUCUCGCACGUACAUUGCAAUAGCCUACACAUGGCUUCAUUCUUUUGGAUUUAGUCUGCCAUUAUUGGCUGGCGCCGUUCCGUCCACUUUCAGGAACCAACUCCAUCUUUGUUCAAUUUCCAAUUCCUCAUCAUUAUCAUUCAUCUGUCUUACAUCAAUUAUUUGCUUCGUUAUUCCAGUUAUUGCAAUGGCUGUUUUAUUUGCACUUAUAUUCAAAGCUGCAUAUAAGGACCGAUUUGUUGUUCGUUCAAAACUUGCUGAACACACUUAUACAGAGAAGAGUGAAGGGAAGCCUCAGAUAUGGAGAGAGAUAGCCAUGGCCAAAUAUACGGGUGUGCUUUUGAUCAUUUGGUUUGUGUUUGAAGUUCCCUAUAUUGUGACAGCGUACAUCAAGCAGUAUCAGUACAGCCAGGAGUUCCAGGACAAUCCCAACAUCGGGGAGAUAGAUUACCCUUGGGUGGUCGACGUUACAUUUGUUUGGGUCAGGUUUGCAUUUUCUGGAAUUUUACCAAUUUUGACAUUUACAUGGAAGAGAGAGCUUUGGAGAAGUUGGAAAGAUAUGAUUUUAUGUCGCCGUAGCAACUCAGUGACUGAUUCAGAAACUUCUUCAAAUCCUCAUUUAAAGAAGAAUAAUCUGAAUGUUGCAAAUAUCAAAACUAGAGAGAGAGAAAAGGUUGAGUCACCAACUGCUUUGACUUUCAAUGUUCCAGUAUUGUUUGCAACAGCCAAUGGCAUUCAUGUACAGACUGAUGAAGGCAACAUGGCUGACUCGGAUAUUUUCUAUGCCGAAAUGCCAUCAACAACCAGGUCCUCAUCAGAAUUGAAAUUUCUGAAGGGGAAGAAGUUGGAUGUCAGUGCAUUGGAGUUUAUUCCGCCCGACACAAGUGACUACGACUCCAACAGUGAGGAUGAUGUGACCGAUCAGUAUUCACUUUCGCAGCCGAUUUCAACACGAAAGUUAGAUCACAAUGACCUUGACAAGGUCAGCAGGUCGUCAUCCCAACCCGAUGUACAGACCGAAAAGAGAAACAGCAGCAGAAUAUCCAGUGUACGACCUUUUGAGGGCAAACUGACUGCUUUGUCGUAUGGGACAGACUCUGGCCUUGACCUAAGUGGCACAUCCCGAUGUCACGAGGCUUUGACUAAGAGAAAUAAGCUCAACAAAGACAAUCUGGUUAGUAUGACUUCAGACAAUGGGCAAGAACUACAGACUUAUGUAGUUUCAGGGGGGAAUUCAGAUGAUUCAUGUGAUAAGAAAGACUCUGACAAGUCAAAUACAGCUCAAGAUGUCAGCUCAACGUUUACUGUUCGGGAUUCUACUGUUGAACAGAAAUCCACUGGAAACUCACUUAGUGCAACAUUUACUCAUUCAGAAGUGCCUCAGCAGAACAAUUCAGAUACAACCAGGUCGUCACAAGCCUCUAAUGUCACCAAGAAACCACCAUUGCACUUGGAGCCUUUAGCUUCCCCUACAAGGGUUGCUAGAAAUGACCUCAAACAGAUCCGGAAGAAAAGAGUGAAAUCUCCACAACAUUCUGCAAAAACUGGGAGUGAGCGGGAGUCCGUUUCAGGAAAGGAUCUGGCUGGUCAGGAGUCCAGAUCAGGGAACAAGAAGUCUUCCAAGCCUGGCCACAAGAGGCAGGGAACUGCAGAGAGUCAGAGAGCCCUGCUUGGGUCGUCCAGUUCAGCUGAACUCAAUGACAUGAAGACUGAGUUGCAGAAGAUGGAAUCUAAGGCUGUGCAGGAGUCCGUUUCGGGGCAACAUUCAGGUGGAUCAUCUGACUUGCCAGACACCUCAACAGGGAGCACAUGAACAUCUUGCAAGUCUCUCCACGGCAGCUGUAAAACUUAACAUGGAGGGAAGACUGAAGGUGGUUAAGUACAGAUUACCUGACUUUGUGCCAUCCUCCCCACCCAGGGCUAUAUUCUACUGCUACACCCGUGCAUCCCACUGUCAACUGCCAGGGCAGUUCUUUACGGAGAUCUGAUGCAGUGGUACUCAUACUUAGACUUGUAUAAAUUAUAUAUGUAAAUAAUUUCAUGAAUUAUCCCCUUGCAAUGAUGUAGGAAUAGGACAAGCUUAUUUCUGUGUAUAUUUUUCAUAUUUGGUAUGGUUGCUGUUCGAAAUGUUUUAUUUGAAGCAUAUAUUUUGUUGCAAUUAUUGGUUAAUGUUUUUGGAAUGCACUGGUAAACAAAAAACUGUUUGGAGCAGUCCAUUAUGACGACAGGGAGAUCAGGGCAAAGGUGAUUCUAUUUGGAGACAUUGUGUUAUGGGUCACUGUGUCAAAACAUACCUCAAAAAGCAGGAGCUGGACAAAUUUGCUAUUUUCACUGGCCAUUCACUUACAGUAUCGGUAAAAAGCUCCCCUCCAACCUGUUUGUUGCGAUAAUCGAAAAACAAUAUGUUAUUAUUUUUCUAAUGUGCAUGUUAACUCGACAACAAGUUACUUGGUGAUAAGAUGGUGGGUAAGUCUAAUUACCAGAAACAAAUGUAACGUGUUGGCCUCGUGCUAGUGCCAUUAACAUGACUGCUUAUGUGGAAGUGGUCCACAAGCCUUGAAAUGUACUUUGUAAGUGCAGAGCACUGAUUAACUCCUGCCAAACAAAUGUAUCUGUAUACUAGGAAUUCCCACAGUGUGAACCUGUAUUCAGUAUUGAUCAGCACCUGCAUAGUUAAUUGUAAGUAAAUACCUGUAUGUAUUUGCAAGAUUGCCACUACAAUCGCCUGACGCCACAGAAGUCUGUGAAGCUUUCUUUUUGUACAAACUGUUACUCCUGAUGUUGCAAUGUUGCACUAUAGACGUGUGAUUUUAUUAGGUUAUACAUAAUACAAUGACGAGAUUCUAGUGUUCCUGAAGUACAAUGUGUUGGAACUACGAAUAUUUGUUUUUGAAUGUCAAACUGACAUUUCUGGGUAACAGGGUAUGCCACAGAUUACUUUGUCGAUAAGCUUCGUGUGUGAUUGUCUGAGUGUCAAUAUUAUGUCUUGCUAGUUGUAGGUUUAAAAGAUGUUAUGAUAUUUGGGUCAUUACAGAGAUCGAAGUUGAUGCACUCUACUGUGUUGACAAGAUCUUAUGAUUCAUGGUAAGAUGUGUAAAAUGGUAUUUCCAAAUCAAAAAUGACAUUUUUUAGGAUACCCCUUCUGAAUAUGGCCUAUAGCAUGAUCAUGAACAUUUAAGGUGUACACGAGAACAAAGCCAUGAAUGAAACUAAGAUGUUGCAAUACCAGUGAUCAUGGUGAUGUGUGAUUUAGAUAUAUUUUUGAUACAUUCAAAAUAAUUGAAUUGGAUAUGGAAUUUCAUAAUUGGUUACAGACUUAGUAUAGUCACGCAUGUUUCAAGUUGUCAUGUUACACGUAUAAGAAAUACAGAAUGACAUUGUCAAUAAACAUUUAUGUACUCAUUUUUAAAUGAAUCAAACAUUGUUUGUGGCAACACAAAGGAAGAUAUAAAAGUUAAACCAAGAUUGCAACAGACAUGAUAUAAACGCAGAUUUACGUUUAUGCCUCCAUGAAUGCAAAAAUAUAUUGAAGCCAUGUCUUAUAAAUUAAUAAGUCAACAACAAUAACUUCACAGAAUGCUUAUUUAAUCAGUAACAUACAGAUGUAGACAAGGAUACGAAAUCAGUGACAUGGUUCAGCACAAUAAUGCAACACAAGCUCCACCCAUUCUAUUAUCAGCCAAUCAGGAAACAGUAGACCAUGUAGACAACUUGUGGGCAUUUUCAGCUUAUGUAGGUAUAAACGCAUAACUAAUUGCUAUGCUAGCCAAUCAGAUGACAUGGAAUCACUUGCAAUUUACUUUUUUUCUCAUAGCUUUGAACAUUAUUAGGUCAAAAAUUAAUCAUCGAAGGAAAUUAAACAUGAUAGAUUUUAGUUUGAGGUAUUAUCAACAUGCACAUGUAUAUAUUUCACAAUAAAACACAAAGUCAGGUUAAGAAAGUGCCAACACAACCUUUGAGUGUUUAGUUUGGUAAAUUUUAGUUAGUCAUGACUUUUCAAAAGUUGCUUGUUGUUGUAGCCAUCAGCGUUCUUUAUUUCAUGAUCACAUUUUAUUAAUGUUCCGUCCAACUUUUAAAAAUGUUAAUGCAGCUCUUUUGUUGUGCAUGUAUAUUAUUUUUGUUGUGUUUACAUUAUGAUAGUUGACGUAACUAGCAUCCUGUGUAUUUUACUGAAGAAGCAGCAUUGGGAUGUUAUUUGGAUGUCGUCGGUAGAGUGGGGUGUGCUUAGAAUCUGUUUCUCUGAAGCUGUUUCUCUGAAUGUGUUUCUCUGAAUGUGUUUCUCUGAAACUGUUCUCUGAAGCUGUUUCUCUGAAGCUGUUCUUUGAAGCUGUUUCUCUGAAUGUGUUUCUCUGAAGCUGUUUUUUGGAAGCUAUUUCUCUGAAGCUGUUGUCUGAAGCUGUUUUUUGGAAGCUGUUUCCCUGAAGCUGUUCUUUGAAGCUGUUUCUCUGAAGCUGUUUCUCUGAAACUGUUCUCUGAAGCUGUUUCUCUGAAUGUGUUUCUCUGAAGCUGCUCUUUGAAGCUGUUUUUUGGAAGCUGUUUUGGGGGGGCUUGCUGUUAAUGUUGAUUAUGUAGCCUGCUAAUUAUUUCAACGGGGUUUCAUUUCCUGGUUGAAGUAGACAAAUCUGUUGAUAGCCCAUUAAAAAUUGGCAUAGGAAUUUCUGACCGAUGACUAAACAAGGAUUCUGUGGGUUUGCAAUAUUCUCCUUGUCAAAGUUAAGAGAGUUUAGAUAAAAACAAACGUAAAAAAAUAAAUUCACAGUACUCUUAGAAAUUGAUACCCAUGGAUAGUAUGGUGUCCCAUGUUGAAUAAUUAAUCAGUAGGAGAUAUAGUGUGUAAUAUUUCUGAUUAAUUAUUCUAAAAAUUGUCAGUUGUCAAAUUUCUUGCAUUUUAAGUGAUUAUUUAUUGUGUUCCUUGAUUCUGCAUUUUUAUUGUUAGUCAUGACUGGUGCAGGUGUUCCCUGUCAGAAGACGUUUACACUGACAUUGCACUUUGUUGCCAAAAUAUUUCACAUCAAUUGUUCGAGACAACUCGCAUACCUCAGAUGUUAAUAGAGAAUGCAUUCCCUCCGACAGUACUGCUUUGUAUAGAAAUGAUACCAGUGCUACUCCAAGUGGUCUUGUGAUGGUGUGGUCCAACACUCAUUCAUUUGCAAAUUUGUUUAACUGUGCUUGACAAAAAUAAAUUUAUUUGAAUAUUGUGUUCAUAAAGAAUUCCUGCAUUUUAGUUCACAAACACUCUCUACAGAUGUUAUAUGUGUGAAGCCUAUUUGUGGUGUCUCCCACCAUGAUUCAGUCUGAAAGGAAAUACUGUGAACAAUUUGUAGUUAAUAUUGAGCUUACUUUCAAUUAUUGAUUUUCCUUUUGCUAAAUGGAUUAAGGUGUUCAAUCAAGCUGGGCCAUUCCUAUUUCCUCCCCACUACCAAAACAUGACAUGUUGACAGUGUUAAUGGGGUAGACUCUAAAAAGCUGUUUAUUCAAAGACACAACUGUGCUUUCCCAACUAAAUGCAGAGAAUUAAUCAGAAUAUAGAAUUUCACCAAUCUUUUUUACUGUUUAAGAUUAUUAUUGCAUUUCAUUAUUUCAUUUGAGCAUAAAAUCAUAAAACUGCCAUUAUGAAGACAGCAGGACUAUUGUUUGUUCUGUAUAGUGAAUCUCUCUAUUGUUCAUAGUUACUGUGUUGUUAUCAGAAUUCUAUAAUUAUAUGCUACAGUGUGUGUGUUGUGUUUGUUUGAGUGUGAUGGCUUUUUUUAAUAUUCACUAUGUGCAGUCCUGUUGACGAUUUAAUUGUAUGGUAUCUCAUUCCCUAUUGAGACUUAUGAUGAAGAGGCGUUUCUGUGUUUAAUGAUGCCAAUGCCUGUACAGUGUCUCGUUAUAUUUGAAACUAGAGAGAAGCAGUGGUAUAUUUGCCCAUAUCGAUCGCAAUGAAGAAAUUAGAGAGAAGCAGUGGUAUAUUUGCCCAUAUCGAUCGCACUGAAUAAACUUGAGAGAAGCAGUGGUAUAUUUGCCCAUAUCGAUCGCACUAAAGAAAUUAGAGAGAAGCCGUGGUAUAUUUGCCCAUUUCGAUCGCAAUGAAGAAAUUAGAGAGAAGCAGUGGUAUAUUUGCCCACAUCGAUAGCACUGAAGAAAUUAGAGAGAAGCAGUGGUAUAUUUGCCCAUAUCGGUCGCACUAAAGAAAUUAGAGAGAAGCAGUGAUAUAUUUGCCUAUAUCGAACACACUGAAGAAACUUGAGAGAAACAGUGGUAUAUUUGCCCAUAUCAAUUGCACUGAAGAAACUAGAGAGAAGCAUUGGAGGACAGGUUAUGUUAAUGACAGGUAAAUGUGUGAAAUGACCAUGAAAUGUAUUCUGGUAAAUAAUGAAGAAAAUAAUUACCUAUUAUAAUAUUUAGUAAAAAACAGAAAAUUUGAUGAGGAAAACUUUUAUGAUAACCUUAAAAUUGAUCUUUGGAAAGCAUAAGUCAUUUCUUCCUGACAUUAUAGACCGUGCUUUGAUUGUGAAAAGGUAUAGAACAUGUAUUUUGUAAGCCCAAUCUUGGCACCCCCUUCAAUUAUGGUGAUGGAAUAUGGCCAAAUGUGGGAUUUAGCCAAAUUGCCUCAUCCCGACUAUCUGUAUAAUACUUCAAGGAAUACACAUAGCUGGUUGUUGUGAAAAUGUGGCAAUAGACUAUUUUCCUGAUGACUGUGGUUAGGAACAGAUAUCAUAGGUAUUUUAAUUUUAGGCAUGACAAAGUGUGAUGUUUUUGUGUGAGAUUUGUUUUGGCAUUAAAUGAUUUGUCAAAUUUUGUGCAAUAUAUGAAAUUAUUGUUGUAGAUUUUAUUAGAUUUAUUGUUGGUAUAUACCAAGAGCUCAAAUGGACAUACAAUAUUAGUGUAUCAUGUUUUAAGUAAUACUACAAUAUUAUAAAACAAAUAAUUCAUUUGUGGACAAACUGUGUAACUUGGCUUGACAUUGAUAUGGUUAAAAGCAGAACAAAUAAAUAUAUAUUAGAGAUUUAUUCUCUGAUAUUAUACAUAUUGUGUAUAUGUAUGUGUAUAUUGAAUUAAGAGCUUGGCAUAUUGGUGUUUUUGGGUAGUGCUCUUUUUAUGUUUAUACGUAAAAAAAGGGAUUACAAACUUUGUCCACCGAAUUCUCUUUGACACAAGGCAGAAUUAAUAUGUGUUUUCCUGAAGUGGGCAAUGACUGGAAGAUAGCUUGUUUUAUUUUUUUUGGUGAAUAAUUGAUUACAUGCGUUCAUGGUGGAUUGUGGUGUAGACUUGACGAGGUGAAGUAUUACACUGUGAAAGCAUUCUUAUAAAGGUUCUCUGUUGUAUUAUUAAUGUCACUUCAUUUUGGUAGUUCCCUUGGGCACGCCAGAAACCUAUGAUUGCGGGUUCGAUUCCCGGUUCGCCCCGAUUAUGUUUCUAGGUUUGUCAGCACCAUACCCGUGCUCGUGGGUUUCACCAAAGAGGUUAACGUCUGAGACCUGCAUCACUUCGGGCUUUCCUCCCACAUUAACCUGACACGCCGUGAGAUAACUGGAAUACUGUUAAAAGCGGCGUUAAACCCAACUCACUCACUCACUCACUUUGGUAGUAGUAACAAUCCUGCCUCAAUGGAAGACAAGUGGAUCAGCCUCUUGCUGCGUCCGUCUGUUUCAUUUCCAUAUCAUCUCUUACAAACUGGAAUAUCACUAUGAAACGUUUUGGAAUUUUUUAAUAAUACUUUUAAAGCAGGACUAGACUUUUUGAAGUAGAAAACUAUACUGAAUCAGGUAUCUCCAUGAAAGUCUCCCUCCUACUUGACCAUGUGUCAAGUGGUGCCUUGUGACACCAACAGGUUUCACAUUGCAUUGUUUUACUAGUUUCACACAAACAGGAGGUUCGUGUAUCACGGACAUUGUGUUAUUAUGUAUUUAGUUAAUUGAAUGUUUUCAUGAAAACAGCUGAUUUUCAGUAUUCAUAUAUACACCAAGUAAAGAUACAUACAUGUUUUGUCUUGGCCAAGUCUGUCUGGCAAAUAUUUUCUGUCACAAUAUAUGUUUUUUUCUUGGCCUUAUACUAGAUUUGCAUGUUAUCACCAAACCACAUGAAGCGCCAUAAAAUCUCCCUUGUCUGCCACAUCGUCAGACCUGUGAGAUGCACAUAUUGGGUCAAUGAGAUAGAUGGCUGGAUAAGAGGGGGCAGAAAGGUGUAUAGGCCUCGCCACUUGAAAUGGACUCACAAACUACCCAUUCUUACCACGUUAUCCAAACACAAUGAUGUUUAGCGCUAGCAAAAUGGACAUUUCUUGAAAAGUAAACUUUGCAUUUUUUGUCAUGACAUAUCUUAUCGGUGAAUUGCUUGUUUUAGCACACAUUUGUUAAGUAAUCAUCUUGAUAUUUCGUUGUUCUAUUUCAAGUGGCGAGGACUGUAGUAGUGUUGUGAACUGCAUGAUGGGAAGUAUGGGAUCAAACAGAAUCAUAGAACUGCAAGUACAAUGGGAAUAAAGAUGACUGUGUUUUGUUGUUUUCAGUAUUAGUUUAAAUGCAUGUUUAUGUGUACACCUUUCUGUACAACUUGAUUUCAAUUAUGAAUUAAUUUAAAUAUCUUAAAGGGUGUGCAUUGAACUACACAUGAAAAACACCAGCUUCUUCGGUGUAUCUUUUAUUUAUUUUAUUGAAAUACAAUCUUAACCAAUGGUGUAAUUUGUUCAUUUUUGUAAAAGAAACUUAUUUUUGUAUAGCUGAACAUUUGUUUUUCUGUUUAAAUAUUAUUUAUUUAUUUAUUAAGAAGAAAUACAUUAAUUUAACCUAUAGUCAUUCUCACUAAUUGGUGAGUAGGUUCACCACGUCCAGUUGCCCCAAAAUUGUAAAAAAAAUAUUUUUGUAAAAUGAGCAGAGAUCAAUAAAGUGAGAUAUCAACUGUU